AUGAGGGGCAAGGCUAUCACCCAGAAGAACUUGAUCAUCAGGAUUAUCACAACACCUUAUAGGGCCAUAUGCAAAGCCAAAGAUUUUUACAUCCGCAGCAUCACUGAUUGCGCCAACCACAACACUUACGCCAUGACCCACGGAAACCCUUUGCCAAGGAGUACCAGCACCAGUUCCUUUGGCUCCGACGCUGCAACCGAUGAUCUAAGGGAGCUCAUCCGGGCCAACUCCACCACCAGCAUGGCAGAUCUCAACAUAAGCAGGGCGGACCUCGAGUUAUACAUAAAAAUGAUGAAGCAGUCGUCGCCAUCGAUGGCGAUGGGAUCCCGGAAGGUGCCUAGGAGUGUCAGUGUUGGGAUGGGUAGGAUCGAUGAAGAUGGCCCGGUUUCUAGCUUUCCCGACAAUGACGAUCUGGGUAGAAAGGUCAAGAGUGACCAUAUGAUGUUUCCCAGGAGCAAAUCUCAUGCCGUCACAAGUAGCACCAAGAUCAAUAGAUUUUCUUGA